AAAGCAAUACUAAAUAAUUGGUUAAAAUAACAUGGAUAUGAAAAUCGUAUUGUAAAUUAAAACGGCGGGAUUAUAUUGAGAAAACAAAGUGGACAUUAAAGGAAGAUUUUUGGCGGAACUACAAGAAGAUAAUAAUGGCUAACACUAGCAGUAAUAACCUAUUGAACGACAUUUUGCGGUCGGCAGAUAAGCAUCCCAAUUCAAAAGUAUCAAAGCUAAUUCGUACCGUGGAAGAGGAUCCAUCCCAAAAGAAUAUUGUAUUAUUAUUGAUAGAAUUAUCAGAACAUGCCGAAUAUUCAACAGAUUUCAAUAUUUCUCUAAGAUAUUAUUUGGACUUAUUUGAAAGACUUGGCAUUGAUCGUGAUCUAAUUCUGAAUGAAGCCGGUCUCUUAUUAGUUAACUCUUCUAAAAUAUAUUCGAAACGUGUUGAUUACGUUCAGAGCUUGGUCGAGCGACAAAUAUUAACAUUAUCAAAUGCUGAUCAGGAAAUACAACAACAAAAGGAACAAAAUGAAAAAGAAGCUUCCGAAGAAACCCCUGCCUCACAAGAAAAACCCAAACGUGGUCGUAAACGAGCCCUCGAUGCUCCCACUGACCCUUAUGAAGUUCAACUGGAACCGAAAAAAUUCAAAAAGAUGACCGAGGAGAAACGUUUUGCUACACCGAAAACUCCAACAAAAACAAAAUCAUUACCGCGAAACAUUGAAAUGGAACAGCAAAUACAUCCGGCCAGCUGGUUGCAUGCAACCAUCUAUGAUUUGGAAAAUGAAGAGGAAGUCGACACCAAAAGAAAUUACAAAUUAUUUACAUAUCACAUUGAACAUCGUUACAAUACGCUGGUGCCCGACAUCAAUUUCCGUUUGCAUUUCAAAGUUAAAGACUAUCUGGAUGCUCAAGCCGAAGAAGAUGCCGAUGAUGUGGACAGUGCAGAAUGUCAGAGGAAUCAAGAGUGGCCACCAUUAUCGGAGGAAUAUGUACAAAAGUAUAUCAAUUUAGAAAAUCGUGUAUUGCAAUUGGAGUUGGAUCCAACGUGGAAGAGUCCCAAAAGAAAUGUGGAAACAAUGGAAAUGCCAAUUGGCAUGAAUGAUUUAAAUACCAGCAAUAUCGCCAACGAUGUUUCGAGUAUCAAUGAUUCUGGCAUGGGUACAAGUAUUUUGGAAAGUACGACAAACACAAGUCGAUUUGAUAACACCACUGCCAGUCAUGAAACAUCGCUCAACAAUACUUCUUUGGGGGAUUUGGAGGCUGAUAAAACAGUAGAUACCACCCAGUUACAGGAGAAUGAAUCUGGUCUGGGAGAAAGUUUAUUGGAUCAAACAAAUAAUUGCAAUGAAACUAUAUCAGAUGCAGAAAAAAGCCACAAUGAGGAGGCAAAUACUUCAGUCGCUGAAGAAAAUGAAAAUACAUUGUCGCAAGAUAAGCCUGAAACGGGAGAAGAAGCCACCGCCAACAAAGAGAGUGAAACAGAAAAGGAGAAAGCGAACGAUGAAACGGCUACUACUACUGAGGAUGAUGCCAUGGGUACAAAUGGUGAAACUACAAAUGAUGCAGAGGCUACGGAAGAAAAAUCUACCACAACUGUUACAUUAAGUAAUGGCGUCGUUACAGCUGAAGAUAAACAUGAUUGCUCGGAAACAGCGGAAAAGCAAUUAUCCAAUGAAGGCAAUCCAGUUGAAAACAUCGACAACUCCUUAAUUAACCAAGAGGAGGGUGACAAAAAUGAAAACCAAGCAGGAACACCAAGUGCGGAAGCAGAGAAAGACACAACCACAAAUACGGAAGACAAUGUGCAAACUUCUGGUGAGGACUCAGCAAAAGACAAAGAAGGUUUCAUUGAAUUGGAAGUUCAUGUCAUGGAUGACAACGACAAUGAACCCUCGGAACGUUUGCAAAUACAAAUUCCCACCACUGACGAUGAAGGUGUACAUUUAUCCGAUGUAUACGAAGGAGAUUUACAUAUGCUAACACCCAACUUGCCGGAUGCAAUGAACAAGGACGUAACCAUAUAUAUGGACGAUAAGUUACGGCAAGCUCUCGAAAUGCCCGACGGUGUAAUGGACAAUUUUUCUCAAGAAACCUAUACAGUGCCUGUGAUAGAUCAACCGAAAGAGUAUCCACUUGUUAUGAAUAUUUUCAAAUUACCAUCGAAACUUGUGAGAAGAAAAGUUCUCUUUAAACUGGGACCUGAUAUGGAUUUAUAUUUAAAAGCGCGCUCAAUGAAACUAUCAAGACCCCCGCCCAACCCUCGAGAAUACAAGCUAUGCAAAAAUCAGUUGCAGGCAUUUUCACUUAAUAACACAGAUAUGUCUGGUAUUCUAGACACUCCACCGCACAGUCCUGGUCAUUACUCCGAGUUUUGUGGCUUUACCGACGAUGAACGGGACGACUUUGAUGAUGAGACUACAUGUACAGAUUUUUGUGGUUUUACAGAGGAUGAGCAACAUAAAUUGGUAAUAAGUCCGCAUCGUUUAAGUCGUGAUUCUGGUGUGGGUGUUGAUGCCUCAAUUUUAACUCCAGAAAAAGAAAACCUGGCAACAAUUUUUGAAGAAAAUCCCGCCCCAGAUGUAGAUAGUUGUAAAUUGAAUUUGAAAAGUGCCUUAGAAAAAGAAACUACAGAAGAUAUACUUAAUGAGUUAUCGGAUAGCAUAAGAUCGGCCUUGGAGGCUGAAAUAGAAAAUGAAACAACAGAAAAUAAUAAGGAAUCUGAGAGUGCAUCAUCGGAGGUAAACGCAGAAAAGCCUGGCGAGGAAACAGAAAAGUCAACAAUACCUUUAGAAGAAUCGGGGGAAAAUAAAAGUACUUCUGCAGAAGGGGAAAUAUGUGACAACGCCGGGGAGAAUUCUACGGAAAACAAUCAAGAAGAGUGUGAAACGAUAUCAAGCAAUAAAGAUGUGCAAUCGUCUGCCGUUGAGGAAACUACAAACAUCCCAGACAAACCUAGUGAUGGAGAAUGUGAUAAAACAAAUACUGAAGAAAAUAAGGAAUGUCAAGAAGGAACAACUGAAACAGUUUCAACAGCAAAUGAAUCGCACGUUCAAGAUGAAACUAUUCCCGGCGAACAAGAAAAUACUUCCUUUGUGGCUGAAGGCAAUGAUGUAGUAGAUUCUGUUGCUCCAGAAUUAGAGCAAAGUAUGACCGGCGAUGAAAGUCAGGAAGAUAAUGCUUUAUUCGAUUUGGAUUUACAGGGUACAAAAACCAAGAUACAACAAUGGCACGAACAUCUUCGACCAAUUUUGGCCAAAUCAAGAGAACGCCAUCACUUUGAUGUUUUCCAAUUGGGUACCGAAAUAAUUGACACAAUACAAUCAACCAAUUGCGAUGUGGCAAAGGAAUCCACCUCCCUAAAACCAGAGGCAAGCUUUGAGGACAUUAUGGAUAAUAAGGAUCGAUCAUAUGUAUCACGGUACUUCCUAUCAACAUUGCUACUGGCUAAUCAAAGUAAUGUUGAUAUUAUGGUGAAAAAUAAAUCAAGUGAAAAUCCUUCAUCAUGGUCGGAUAUUAAAUUGAAGCUGUUAAGUACAAAACGUCACACUGUUGCAAUAGAAGAUAAUAUUGGCAUGAUUAGCGCUAGCAAUAAACGUAAAUCGGAAACACCAGUCGUGGGAGAACAAGGACCACAACAAUUAGCGAAAAAGAAAGUCAAGACAAAAUCCCGGAAGAUCGAAUCUGAAGAAGAGGAAGAAUUUGAUGAUCACGAUAACGAUGAAGAUGAACCUUUGGUUAAGCUGAAAACAACGCCGGCAAAACGUCGAUCUAGAGAAUCUCCAAAUAGCCCGCAUGAAAAGAAAUUCAAAGGACUUACAUCGCCGGCGUCAGCAAGAACUGUGGAAUCGAGCACACCCCAACAACCAUCGAAACCCAAGGAAAUGCUAAUAAUUAGCCAAGAAAUCUUAUCACCAAUCACCACAGAACUACCAACCACCAGCGGGCGAGCUAUGGCGCAACAUCAAGUAAAUUUAAAUAAUAUACGUGUUAAGUUACAGCCCAUCGAGAAAAUACCCCAGCAGGGAGAUGACUUUGAUUCGGGUAUUUUCUCUUUGGAUGAAGUCUCAUCCAUCUCUGGAUGAUAAUAGAAGAAGCUUAGUUUUUCAUUUCUACUUAUAUGUUUAUAAUUUAUGUUUAAUUAGCUUGUAAUUUGGCAAAAUAUUUCGUAUGUAUGUGUGUGUGGUACAAAUAGUUUUAAUUUUUCUUAUAUAUAAUUUUUAUGUCUAUGCACAGGCUAUUAACGUUUCAAAGAAUUAUUUGCGAUCCAAGUUUUUGCGGACACAUGCAUUUUAUGGGCCACAACUGAAAGGUCCCUUGUGGGUAGUCCGUAAAAACAAGCAUUUAUUGCAAAACCGUUAUGGUCUGUAUAUCAUAAGUUAUUAUACGUUUAGUUUAAAUGUUUUUUUUUUACUUAGAUUUUAUGCAAAGCAAUUCAUUUGCCUUCAUUAUAUUGUACAAAACAGGUUUAACGUUUAGUAGUAAUUUCUUUCGUCUUAAGUUUUUUUUAUUCGAUGUUAAUUUUAAGUUUUUCAAUAGCUCUAUAGUUUUUUAAUCUAUGUGUCGUUAUAUUUUUUUAAUAUACACAUGUAUUAACAUUUUUUAAUUUGACCCUGUGUGUAUGUGCAAUGAAAUGUAUUUUUAAACACGUUGUGACCCCCAUUAAAAAGUUUUUAGAAAAGGAAAGAGACCAAAAAAUAUAUGGAUGUAUAGAAACAAUAACAAGGACGCAAAAGCCAUAAUCGGGCAAGGCCGACCAUGUGAUGUCUUACUCAUCCAAAAUUGAGUUUGACAGCUACCCCCAAUCGUAGACCUUUCAGUUCAUUUUGACCCUCCUAAAAAGUUUUUAGAAAAGGAAAGAGACCAAAACCGAUAUUGAUGUAUAGAAAAGAGCAACAAUCAUGUAGACCUAAGACAUUUUGCCUAGAAUGAUCGGAUACCUCAAGAUAUAUCCCCAGAUAACUACGUUCUCAUACAUCACACUAAUGUCAUAUAGGCAUGCAAAAGGAUUAUUUUGGAUUUAAAUCGAAAAUUUGGUGGCAUUUACCCUAUAUUUACACCUCUGUCGUGCAAAUGGGAAUUCAAAACAAUAUUCGAAAAUAUAGAUUUCUGUAUAUAUGUUGCUAUAUCUCCGAUAUCUUGGUUUGCUUUGGUUUAAGAAAUAGCAGAUACGUGGGAGAUGGCUACUCGGAGAUCUAUGGUCCAUUGAGUUCAUCCUAGAACCAAAACGUGGAGAGUGCUAGUCUCAGCGCACUCCUUGCUGCUUGGAAUUGAGCUAGAAUAUUCAAUGGCUGGAAUUUUUUGUAAAUUGGGGUGUGCUCUUGAGAGCCUCGGUUGGCAGUAAGGACGCGGCUCGCUGCACUGUGGUUAAUUUUAACAUGAGCGUUCUGGAUUCAAUCGCCAAAUGAGAACCCCAUAGGUCAGAACAAAUAAAACCAAGGUCACGUACAUCCUUUGUUCGAUUUGUUGUCUAAGCCCACAUAAAUAUCUCGUACCCAGAUAUUUAGCACACGAGUAAAUAUUCAGUACAACUCCAUUCAGUACUGGCAGCCAAAAUGUAUCUAUAUUACGUUUUUGUUAAUAGUACAAGUUCAAUCUUUGAGAGUUUAAUUCCAGACCAUCGACAAGGGCCCAACCAGACCGCUGUACUAGGUUACUUUGUAUUGGGUUUGAAAUAGAUGGAAGAAAUCUACAACUUAUCAGCACCAUUACGUCAUCGACAUAUCCGACUGCCUCUAUUUGAAUUUGGUCGAAACUCACAAGUACUUCAUUGAUCACCAGAAGCCAAAGCGGAAAUGGUAGCAAUUUCCCAUACGGUGUCGCUCUGCUCACAGUUUUCCUAAUGGAACUCUCUCCCAAGCUUGAGGAUAUACCAGAGGUAUAGAGGACAUUAGGAAUCGACUUCAGCUUACAUUGCUAAAAGGUCCCUCUAUACCGAGAAGUUGCCAAAGUAAAAUUGGAAUUUUCCAUAUUUUUCUCAAUGUAUCCGAAGACUUUAUGUAGGUAGUCUCCACUGACCGACCCUUGAGAUAGGCGUUUUGCGAUGCAUUUAAUCGAUUUGAAUGAAUUUCCAGAUCCAGCAAAUUUGGAAAAAAGCUAAUCGGUUUAUAGCCUUUAGGUAAUGUGUGUCUUAGUUUUGGGAAUAUAGGUCACCGUAACAUCUUCCCAAAGAAUGGGUACUAACCUCAACCUAAGACAGGCCUGAUAUCCGAAACCGACUCAGAUGGAUGUUACAACAUUGCCAGUAUAAUGCAAUCGGGACCAGGAGAUUUAAAUUGUUGUGGUAGAUUUAAAAGAAUUUCCAGGUCCAGUAAAUUUUUUGAGGUAUUCAUUAGAAAGGAAGAGUGUCUAAUCGGUCUAUAGGUAAUGUUUGACUUGGUUUCCCACCAGGAUCAGGAUAUUUAAAGUAUUGUGGUUGCUUAUUAUCCUUCCUACAAAUCUAAUUUUCCGAUUUACAACAUAGGGAGGAUGUUGGUGGUAACUUACUACUAACUGCAUGUUUACUACCAGGGAAGUGGAUGACUGAUAAGAGGUCGAGAGUCUGUAGACAAGAAUUAGUCCAUUCGCUUUAUACCUAUGGACUUGUGGUCCUUAGACAGUAUAUUGCAAAAUCUAGCAGCAUUAUCCACUCCCUCUAUAAACUUGUAAAAGCCAAUUUAAGAUCUUCGUUUAGCCUUCUUCAAACGUUAACAAGGACUCUGGCUAAUAAACCUGAUAUUCAUUGAGGCGCCCAAAUGUUAACGAAGUUCCGUUAGAAUACAGUCGGUACUCAGACUGGAGUACUGAUUGGUGGCACAACAACCGGCGUUCUUCUUUAUGUGGCGAUCAGCCGAAAGGCUUUAUUAUCAGGCGCACAGAAAAUCGCCAAUCUGAUAUUUAUUGAGGCGCCCAAAUGUCAACAAAGCUCCGUUAGAAUACAGUCGGUACCCUGACUGCAACACUGAUUGGUCACAUAACACCCAGCGUUCCUCUUUAUGUGGGGAUCAGCAGAGAAGUUAGGCUUUUUUCAGGGGCUCAGAAAAAUCACCAUGUCAGCCUAAGGAUCAUUGGCACUCGGGUAUUUAAGCCGAAAUUAUCCCCUCAGUCAGCGGGUCGUCCCCGACUGCCUAUUCAAUUCGUAACUACCUGUACUACGCGACUGAUUACAAUAAGCUAUGGGACUGCUAAUGUUAGACAAUCAAUUUUGAGCAAACAUAUAAACAUUGAUAGCUUAAUGUUUGUUAUUGCAUGACGCUUGUACUGAAGUUACGUUCGAAUCGAAGAUUAGCAUUUCAUGUUUCAUUUUAUAUUUGCAGACGAUACAUGCAUACAUUUAGUACAUACACAGUGGUCUUUACAUAUAGUUUAAGUUUUAUUUUAGUAAGUCUUUUUCUUUGUAUGUAGAUUAUAUAAUUAGAAAUAUGUAUGUAGUAUGUGUGGCAAUAAUUAAUUUGAAAUCUAUUCUUAAUAUAAUGGUCGGGUGAGAUACGAAAUUACACUCAAAAACUCUACACAUCACAAUUACUGUGUCGAAACAAGGACUCAAUAUCAAAACUGUAAAUUACAAAGAAAAUGUUUUCUUAUGUAUUAUUAUUUCAAAACAGUCAGACUAUAUUCCAUUUUUAUUAACAACAAUAACAAUAGGAAUACAUCUGACUAGUUUGAAAAAGCCCAACAACUAAACACGCCAAUCCUGUUCUAUUUUAUCUCACAGCAAAUUUCGUAUCUUAUUCUCAGCCAUAUCCAAAAUUUAUUAGCAUAUCUAUUAGCAGCUUAAUCUAAGUUUCAAUUUUUCAUUACAGAUGUUAGAACAAGAUAAUAUAAAAACCUAUCAAGAUCAUAGAAAAAGCCCAGUUGGGGCAUGUGCCUGACAUUUGAGAUAUAACCGGCUAAUAACCUGUACAAUUAUUUAUGUAGAGUAUAGACAGUAUUAAGAUGCUUUUAAAUUGCAAUAUUUUGUAAAUAUAGUUACAUAGAUAUAAGAAACAAAUAAUGUAAAGGUAAAAUAAUUAAAUAAGUGAACCAAAAACUAAAGGAAGCUAUGCUUUCUUUUAUAUAAGAAUAUUAAAUAUAUGACCAAGUUUUUUUAUUUCGACUUUGCAUUUUUUAAUUAUUUUACCUCUUGCCAUUUUUAAAUGUACAAAAAAACUGACCCCCUCCUAGUGAUAGAAUGAAAAUUGUAAAAUUUACACUUAGAAAUAGAAUUUUUAUACAAAUAUAUAUAUAGUAUGUAUUUCUCUUUGUUAAAAGAGUACAUAGAAAGAAAAAAACUAAGCAAAAAUGCUAACUUUUUAGACAAACUGCAAUAUUUGAUACAUGGGCUAAUAACUGAAAGCAAAAUUCCCUUUAAAGAAGCCUGUAUUUUAACAACUUGAUUUCGAAGACUCCAAAAACGCAUAUUCAAAUAUAACAAAACCCAAGGUUAUAUUCAUUGUAGAAAUAAGAAGGUAAAGUCAUGCAAUCAUAAGUUUACAAUUUUUUUCAAAAUUAUUCAUUUGUAAAAAUUUAUAUUUAUAAAUCCAUUGUUCAUACACAAACCAGAGAUGGGAACUUGCUUUGACAUGCAGUGAAAUUUGACAAGCUAAAUUACAGAAAAUGCAGAGAUGGGAGGGAUUAAUUAGACUGACUUAAAUGCUACAAAAAUUCCACGGGUGGUUUUUUGAAGUAAAAAAAUUUUAACAAAAAUUUACAUUUAUAACGAGAUUGUUCCAAUAUUCGGGAAAAAACACGCCCGUGGUCCAAACUAGAGAAAAACUUGAAACUAAUGACACCAUAUUUUAAAAACUUGAAAACAAAUCACAAAAUCUCAUUCAGAUACCAUUUUUUCGAGAAUCUUAUAUAGAAAUCACAGUACCACACGCACGUGAUGUAAGUUAUUUUUUUUUUGUAUUGUUCAAUUUCGUACAAAAAUGUACCUUUACCAUGGUACAACUAUCACAUAAAGAAAAACUUGGUUUCUCGUAGGGAUUGUUGGACACAAUCCAGAGGAAAAGGUUUCACGCUUCGCCCGAAGGCCUGCUAUUUAAAAAGAGUAUCAAAGUUUUUGAAUACUCAUAAGCCUCACAAAAUACAAAAUAAUCAUCCUAUACCUUUCUCACUUCGCACAUCCCAGUACGUCUGCAUACACAAAAUCUGAUGUGAAGAAGGGAUGUAACACAUGGUGUAGCAUUAAGUAAUAAGCAGCUCUGUGUGAAAAUUUUACAAUGUCUGAAAACGAAUAGUGGCCUUCACACAGAAAUUUCCUUCUAAAAAAUUGUAAGAGCCACUUGCUUGAGUUUCGUGGUCUUCUUUUCUUACAAAGAAAACACGUUCUCAUAUUUUCAAAUUUGAAGUUAACAUUUUAAUUUUGAAUUUAUAUUUAUACAUAAAAUGUCAGUCAAAAUCAUUUUGACAACGAAAUGGGCAAUUAUGAAAAAAUUGUAAACCUUUGAUUGCAUGACUUUACCUUCAUAAUUCUACCAUGACUACAACAUUAAGACAACAAAAAUAAAAGUCGACUAAUGUGUGUUCACGUUCAUCCAAAUUUCAUAUAAGAGUAAACUUUUUAAAACAUUGUUUAUCAUAUUUUGAUAAAUUUUAAACUCCUUCAGAUUAAUUUGAUAAUUUUAUGCUAAAUCUACUUGAAUUAAUUUUUACUAAAUCCAUUUUUAAUUCCAAGAAAUAUAGAGUAUGAAUCAAGGAACUUUUGUUAUAAAACACUUCCAAAAAGUUUUACAAACAUUUCUAUUUAUAUUUCAUAAAAAUGACUCUUUUACUUCAAGAAUGCUUGCAUUGUUCCAGUACCUGCAAGAAUCUACUAUUUUUGCAAUUUUCUUCGAUAUCACAAAGGGAAAAUCGGUUAUCGUAGUAAAAACUUUUACAUUCUUAAAGUUGUGGAACCGACCAACUAUUUGUCUGUUCCACAACAGCAAGAAUUAUUAGAUUCUUGCAGGUUCUGAUACAGAGCAAAUAUCUGUGUAUAUAUGUGUUCGAAAUUUAACAGAAAAAAGAAAAUACUCUUCGAUAUCAAAAAAUGCAGCUUCAUUUGUUUUAUGCAUCCUCCACUUUAGCCCAUGUGUUUCCACUAAAAAAAACAUACAUUUGGAAAGAUUUUAUUUGACAUUUUUUGUUUUAUUUAUUUUGAAAGCUAAAUUUUUGGUUUAUAAUUUCUAAUUACCAGAUAAUUUUUUUAUGUUUGUUUUUUUUUUCUCAUUUUCUUUGAACUUAUUUUUGUUUAAUUACUUAUGGUUUAAUUUGUUACAUUUCUGUUACAUACAUAUGUCAUAUUUUGAUGUCGAUUCAAAAAGAAAGCAGAACAGGAACAGCAAAUAGUACAAUAAGUUGGUAAAAAAAAAUUUCGAAAACUACAGUCAUAAUUAUUAAAAAUUAAAUGCAACCAUGGUACAAUAAGGAUGUAGAACAGCUUCGUAAAACUACAGAAAUUCAGCUCUGA